AUGGGGGGAAAUCACACACAGACCAAAUUCAUCCUCUUAGGAAUUACAGACAGCCCUUGUGUGCGGGCUCUUCUUUUUGGGUUGUUUCUGUUGAUUUACAUUGUCACUUUGGUGGGGAACAUUGGGAUUAUGGUGUUGGCUUGGGUGGUUCCCAGCCUCCACACCCCCAUGUACUUCUUCCUCACCCAUUUUUCAUUCGUUGACGUCUGCUAUUCCACAGUCGUCUCCCCCAAAAUGCUGGUGGACCUGUUAUCGGAGAACAAAACCAUUACAUUCGCUGGCUGCGCGAUGCAGUUCCACUUCUUUGCUUUCUUUGCCACUGUCGAGUGUUACCUCCUGGCCACCAUGGCCUACGACCGCUAUGUUGCCAUCUGCAACCCCUUGCUCUACGUGACGGUCAUCUCCAGCCACGUCAGGCGGCGGCUGGUGGCCUUGUCCUACCUGCUGGCCUUUCUCAGCGCCGCCAUCUACACCAGCUGCACGUUUGGGGGUUCCUUCUGCGGACCCAACCGGAUUGACCACUUCUUCUGCGACACCGGCCCCAUGCUGAAGCUCGUGUGCUCCGACACCCACACCAGUGAGAUGGUCAUCUUUGCCUUUGUCCUCAUAAACACGGUGGGCACCAGCACGAUCAUUUUGGUCUCCUACGCCUGUAUCCUCCACACGGUCCUGAGGAUGUGCUCGGCACGGAGCAGGUCCCGAGCCUUCCACACCUGCACUUCACAUUUGACAGCCAUUUCUUUAUUCUACGGGACGAUAUUCUUCAUGUACCUGCGACCUGCAUCGAGCCACAGCAGCCUGGAUAAGGUGACCUCCAUCGUCUACACUGUGGUCACCCCCAUGUUCAACCCCUUCAUCUACAGCCUGAGGAACAAGGAGGUGAAGGGUGCUCUGGUGAAGUGCAGGAGAAGAAUGCUAAACCUGUUAAACCGCUGUCUGUGCAAAAGAGCUGCAUCAGUUAGGCACUGA